AUUGAUUGAAUAUUGAAGAUUGAAUAGUGAAUUUAAAUUGUGGUAAAAUGGCUUCAUACGUCAAUUUCAGCUCAUCUUCAACUAAACAGCGUUCAAUCGCUAUUGGUGCUGUUGCAUUAGUAGCCACUGUAAUAACAAUUGGAGUUGUAGUUACAAUUACAAUUAAACAUGAAUCUUCAUCAACUAACAACCUGAAAAAUGAGUUCAAAAUUAAAUUCACUAGACCUCAAUGGAUACCAUUUAUUAAUAAAGAUACACCUCUUGAAAAUGCCUUUGUUGGUGGCAAUAAUAUGAAUGGUAGAUCACUUUAUGUUUGUCGAGUCAAUUCAACCAAAGCAGUGGAAAUAUUACCUGGAAUGUUUGACCCUGAUUCCGCAAGUGCAUGUGAAGUUACUUGGGGAGACAAAUCUUAUAAAUAUUAUGAUUUUGAAAUACUCAUGGCAAAAGAUCCUUCAGUGUUUGUAUGGGAAUCCGAUACUUAUGGACAUGCACCCAUCGGUGCUUUAAGUGGAGGCCUUUCCGAGAUGAAAGAUGAACUUCAAAUAUCAAGGGCUGAAAUCGGUUCUGGUCAAUACAUUGGUAAAGUUCAUGGGCGACAUUCAAAGGCCUAUGUAGCAUAUAACGGCAGAGAAAAGACCGUUCAAAGUUAUCAAGUUUUGUGCCUACAAGAUUACAGUUUAGGUUGACAAACUAUUACCAAAUUUUGAUAAAAACAUUGCAUUACUCCCAAAGACCCACUUAUGAUGUGACUCUGAUCAUGACUUCAGACAAUGCCAACCGUAUCAGUAAUAUUUCAAAUGUAAAUUCACUGAUUGUGCUGAGUUUUUAACAUUUAAUAAUUUGUAAAUUAUCAAAAUUCAAUUGUAAAGUGUACAUGACUUGAUAAAUGAACUAAAUAGCUUGUCUAAUAAAUGAAAUUAAAUAUAAACA